AUGGCGGCUGGCAACCAAAAUGGGCCGCCUAGCGCCGCGCCUCCCGCGGGCGAGACUCCGCUUUCUCUCACUCAGUCCACGUCGCUUCCGGCAGACUUCAUGAGAGGGGUAGCGCAAGAAUCCACUCUGGGACGAGGGAUGUCAGCACCCGCUAGCCAUCUCCACGCGGGUCUGCGGCCGUCGACGGCUCCAGCAGGAACUCCCGGGACCGGAGCGCCGCAGCCUCACUCGGCGUUUGCUCCGGUGACGGCGAUGGCAGCUACGCCCCACGGCGCGUCAGGCGCUCCUCUCGCAUCUGUAGGACAUCUACCCAGUUGCUUUGUAGAUGCUUCGAACUUCCAGUCUAUGCAACUCCCACCGGCAGGCGGCAGUCUCCCGGCAGACGCCGAACUGCUUUUGAAGCCUUCGGCGCAAAAGCCAGAGUACCGUAAAGCUGACGGAGCGCUGGUGACGGCGGGGGAGAAGAACCACCUUCGAAUCCCCACGACCUCUACUGUUUGGACGGGGCCUUUGACGGUGCCGGAGACCGUCACGAAGCACUACGUCGCGGCGGCUUCCGUGAAUUCCCAGGCUCCACCUGCUCCUCGAUGCACAACCACACUUUCGAGGUCGUACAUCGUGAAAGGCAACCCCUCUGUCUACUGCGCAGAACUCUCAGCCGACCGGCUGCUACCCAUGAGAGAAGUGGAUCACUUCACUUCGGUGUGCACUGUCCCAGGACCCGUGUACGACCUACAGCCGAACGUGGAUCCGCGCUCUGCUGCCACCAGACGACGACGGCGCCGAAAGAUGCGAGGCUGUGGAGACUGUGCCUUCUGUGAGGACUGCGCCAUCCCCUUUAUGGAUACUGUAGUCGGCUGUCUCUCGGCCAUUCUUCUCUCCCAGGGCGGAGAUGCAGCUGGAUCGCUGCUCCAUGGGGACGCGGGUUCUUAUUACCCAGCGGGGUACUAUGACAUGAUGCCGGGGACUCCUGGUCCCACAGUCGACACCUUCUGCAUGGACUGUGGAGAUAUUUUCAGAAGCGAAAAGGUGGAUGGGCGCCUGUUUGCUGACAUGCUGGCGAAGCGGGAUCUUUCCAGCUACACUGCAACGAAGAGAAGAACCGAAGACGAGGAAUCGGGGAAAAUUCCUCUGCCGACGUUCCCGUACGCCCCUCCACACCCAACGGAGUCGUCCAAGGGGAGAAAACCCGACGGAAACGAAACUUUAUUCGAGUGGAAGGCUCGGGAGUCCGAGAGCCGGCAAGGCCACGAAUUCGCGUACCCGAAGGACGAGAGCGGGCGCGUCGCGCUCCCCGCCUUCAAGUUGGAGGAGAAGGAUAAGGGAUUGAGGGGCAUCCACAAACGGGCAUGA